UGUUGUUGCAAAAUAAUGCCGGCUCGAUCAAUUCCCGCGCUUGCUCUCCUCCUUCCGGUUUGAGACGAAUGCGGCCUCCGCUUCCCCUCCUCCCGCCGCACCUCCUCCGCCGCCUCGACGGCCGCACCCUCUCCACGCCGCUGCUCGACCCCCUCAUCCGCACCACCUCUUCCUCGCCCUCCACCCCGCACCACUCCUUCUCCCUCUACCUCCUCCUCCUCCGCUCCGCGCUGCGGCCCUCCCACCUCACCUUCCCCUUCCUUGGCCGCGCCGCCGCUCGCCUCGCCUCCCCGCGCCUCGCCCUCUCGCUCCACGCGCACCCGCUCCGGCUCGGGCUCCUCCCCUGGGACAUCUAUGUCGCGAAUUCACUCGUCCACAUGUACGCGGCCUGCGCGCUCCCCGACCUCGCCCGCCGCCUAUUCGACGAAAUACCGCGGCCGAACCUUGUUUCCUGGAAUGCCCUUCUCGAUGGCUACGCCAAGUGCCACGACCUCCUCUCCGCCCGCUGCGUGUUCGACCGGAUGCCCCAGCGGGACGUGGUCUCCUGGAGCGCCAUGAUCGACGGGUGCGUCAAGUGCGGGGAGCAUCGUGAGGCGCUGGCGUUGUUUGAGAUGAUGGAGACCACGGGGGCUGGCAAUGGUGUUAGAGCGAAUGAUGUCACAAUGGUCAGUGUGAUAGGCGCGUGUGCUCAUCUGGGGGACCUUGGGCGGGGAAGGCAGAUGCAUCGGUACCUUCAGGAGCGUGGCUUCCUGCUGAACCUCAGGCUCGCCACCUCUCUUGUGGACAUGUAUGCCAAGUGCGGGGCAAUCAGCGAGGCGCUUGAGGUGUUUCGGGUCGUGCCAGUGACCAGCACCGAUGUUCUGAUAUGGAACGCUGUGAUUGGUGGACUUGCAGUGCAUGGGUUGAGCAUGGAGUCGGUGGAGAUUUUCCAGGAGAUGCAACAUUCUGGUGUUGUCCCAGAUGAGAUCACAUACCUUGGUUUGUUAAGUGCUUGCGUACAUGGUGGUCUAGUGGGUGAGGCCUGGAGGUUAUUUCACUCACUUGAAGCUCAAGGGCUCAGACCACAUGUUGAGCACUAUGCUUGUCUUGUAGAUGUGCUUGGUCGAGCGGGCCGCUUGGAGGAAGCAUACGGUGUUGUUAAGAGUAUGCCAAUGGAACCCAAUGUGUCUGUACUUGGUGCUCUCUUGAAUGCAUGCCAUCUGCAUGGAUGGGUAGAGUUGGGGGAGGUAGUCGGCAGGCAGCUUGUUCAAUUGCAGCCAGAUCAUGAUGGCAGGUACAUUGGGUUGUCCAAUAUCUAUGCUAUUGCUAGGCGGUGGCAAGAGGCAAAGAAAGCAAGAAAGGUGAUGGAGGAGAGAGGAGUGAAAAAGAUCCCUGGGUUUAGCGAGAUUGAUGUCGGUGGAAGGCUCCACAGGUUUAUUGCCCAUGACAAGGCUCAUUCUGGCUCAAGAGAGAUAUAUGCGUUGCUUAAUCUUAUAACGGUGGAGAUGAAAAUGAAGGAUGAUGUUGCCAUUCCAGAGUACUUCUUACAUACAGAUAGGACAAUGGGUGCCUAAUGGAUCUCUCAAAAGUAAGUUCUGCAGCAUUCUGAUCAUGCAUUCUGCCUGAAUCAGGGGAAAUUCAUUGUAGCUCUUGGUUCUGGUUACUUAUGCAGACUUGGUUUGUGUUGAAAAUUUGACUGCCAAACAUAACCUAGUUGUGUGGAGAUCCAUCAAGAGCCAGAUAUUUGAAGAGGAGAUGAAAUACAUUUGUGCGCUGCUACAGGAAGCAGAGCUAUAGAAGAAGUAUGACGUGUGCAUAUAGUCUUGAGAUUCUUUGAGCUGCCAGCGGAAAAGUGCAUUCUGUUGCUGGACAGCAAUCAGAGAGUACCAAACAUCUUCAGUAACUGUUUCACCUAUGGCUUCUGCUUGUAUGGAUUAUUGAUCAUCAGAUAGAUAGAUAAGGGCAAGAACAUUCCAAAGACCACUGACUAUUUAUGCCAGAUGGUGCUGAACCAUGUCGUAGAGAUUUCAUCAAUAUACAUUACAAGUAUGCUUCACAAAUUGAUACGCUGGCCAUAGUUUUUCUCAAGAAUCUGCAGUUGUAGAAAUGUACCAAUUGCUAGGAUCAUGUGCCAGAACUGUGUAUGUAGCCUGUGCUGAGCUUUGCCCGUUAACGAGAUCUCUGGUUGUGUAUAGCGCUCAAAGGCCAAUAAUCUUUUGGAAGUACUUGCUGACUGCUAAGCAUCCAUUCACGUGGAGGAGUUUUCUUUUAACCACUCCUGGUUUUGGGUUUGUCUGACAAGUACGGAAGGCCACAAUAUGAACUAUUCUUGCUACUGACUACCAAGUACCUACUGAACCGAUCAUACUUGGGUGAACUUGCAAAGCUACCUCUGAAAGUCACAGUAUGCUAUUCAAUAUGUCAGCAUUGCGCCAUGGAAUUGAGAAUAGUGCCAUCACCCAUCAGGUGCUGGACAAUGAAGAUGGGCUCGUUACAUACCGCUGUUGAAACAUGGCUUCCCUCUUGCGGCCCCAGUCUAGCCAAGCCGAAGUCCGACAGUUUUGCGUUCCAGUUCUCGUCGAGCAGGAUGUUUGAAGGCUUCAGAUCACGGAAUAUUAUCUGGAAGAACAUAUUCAUAUAUGGCAGAUGAUAUCAGGACUGGGUAAAAGGCAAGAGACUCCAAAAUAGGUACUUGAGACCACGAGCAGUGUCGAGUGCUACUCUCAGCCUCAUUGCCCAUGAAGCGGGCUUUGGUGAUCUUGUUGACAGGUGAUCAGCUAGGCUUCCGUGAGGCAUGAAUUCGUAGACGAGCAGCAACUGAAUCCCCCUCUCGUCGUCCUCUGCGCAGUAGCCGAUGAGCUUCACCAGGUUGGGAUGACCCACCACCCCAAGAAAGUUCACCUCGGUCACCCAUUCCUUAUGUCCCUGGAUGACGAAUCAAAACAUUGGUGUUAUCAUCUGCAUCAAGCCAUCCAGAUUAUGGAUGGUUUUUCGGGUGGAUGAUCGGAUCACCGCCAUGGAUGAGCUCUGACACCAUGUUUAUGCUAAGUUGGGUGGAGCUGGAAGCAAUGCAUGCGGAAAAGAAGAGAAUGUCACCUGGAGGCCUUUGCGUCCGAGCUGCUUGAUGGCGACAUCGAGGCUUCGGCGCGGCUCGAGGGUGCUCCGGAUGGUGCCGCGGUAGACGCAGCCAAAACCGCCCUCGCCGAUCAUGAGUGCACGGCUGAAGCUCCGGGUGGCGCUCUUGAGCUCCUGGAAGGUGAAGAUGCGGAGGUCAUUGUUGGGCCGCUGCGGCAGCGACAGCUGCCGGUACCGGCCAAAGGACUCGACGCUGAUCUCGGACGAGACGGUGAGCGAGCAGCACUCUGAGCCCGACCGCCGUGCGUCAUGGUCCGUGGAGAUGCUGCUGUUGGAACGCGCCGACUGAGACCGUGCAGGCACCUGCAGCUCCUCCUUGUCCCGCUCCUUGUCCCAGCUCGCGAACCGGAAGCACUGCAUCGCGCUUCUUCUGCUUUGACCCCCUCCUGCUCUGCAAUAACAUGACAGCAUCAAAGGUGCAGCCUUCAGCUACUAUAGUAAUCAGUUUCAGACGGCGGUAAAGGCAAGCUCUCGGAUCUUGGAAGCACGGAUUGUGAAGAAGACCAGGUGCAGAAAGCAGCGCCAUUAUUCUAGUACAACCAGAAGGAGGGAGGGAGAGAAACCUUGAAGGCGUCAAAAGAAGAAAACUAACGGGGUUUCAGAAGAGGCAAAAGAGAUUGGCACUUUUCAAAUAAAGAUGAGAUCCUACUGGAUCAAUCAAUUACUAAUGCAAAAGACGCACCAAUCUAAACAAGGACGGUCGACGAAAGGAAGCCACCAGGACCAGAACACACACCCAUGGAGACGAUCAGCCAGACAGAAAUCGCAAGAUCUUUCAAGCCAACAACCGACCAACCAACUGCUCAACCUUCUUCUCCAAAACCAACCCAAGAGAAGUUGAAAUGAAAGACACGAAGCUCUCUUCACGGGACGGGUCGUUUCCUGCUCACCUGGGCAAAAGCCACCUAGCUGAGCCUCCCCCACAUGGGGUUGGGAGGAAGAAGACGCGGCUGCUUCUGGUUCAGGGUACGGGAUUUGGAUAUUGGAUUGCGUAGUUAGUAGGUCAAUGGAUGGCCGGCCCCUGCUUCGGGCUGUCUCUUUCUGUUUGGUUGGUCGCUCGCUGCUCGCUUGCUUGCUUUGGGAGCUGGGACGAGGGGAGGGGACGCGAGAGAAACGUGAGGGUUUGGAUCGUGAUGGGUGCAGGUGUUGAAAUAAGCACGGCGAGGAGAGGGAAAUGGCAACUGACAAUCGCAGGAACAAGAACUCUCAUCAGGGUUGUGGGGUAGUAAAACUAAAAGAGUAAUCAAAGUUCAAAAGAAGAAAAGACUACCAAAAUAGUAAUCACCAGUGGAGCGUAUGGUUCCGUACAUGAUGUACUUGCUGUUCGGAUCUCUCAGAAAGCAACAUUUGUAUA